CAUUAAUGCUACCUAUGUCGUUCCUUAUUCCCAAAAUAAUUCAAUCGUCUCCAUUACAAUUCUCGAAAAAAGAAAGAUUACAAAGAUGAAUUCUUUUCUGGUUUACCCUUUUAACAAAGAAAAACAAGUAACAAAACAACUGUAGAUGAACAAACGAACAAAGUAUCGGACGAGAAUGAAAGCAAAAAAAAAAACUCACUUUGGAAAGUCGUGAAAGAGUAAUUAAAGAAAUGAGGAGAGAGAUAAGGGGUUUGAUGGGAUAAGAGAAGUGAAGCUGGAGCAAAGUGAAGAAUAAAAAACUUACAGAGGAAGGACUGAAGGAGAUUAAUUAUUUGGUUGUUGGCCUCUUUUUGUUGGGCGUUUCUCAUACACACAGAAAGAAUUAAAGAUGCAGGGGAGGGGGGAUGAGAAAUUGAGAAUGGUGGUGGCAAUGGCACUUGAUAGAGAAUGUAUAAUUUCAUAUAAUCAUUCUUUUGAAGACUCAAUUUGUUUUUGAUAUUGAAGUUCAUGUAACUGAUAGGAUGGCAUCUUUACUGUUUAGAGGGUUGCAAAUUCGUCCUUUGUGUAUUUACCCGUCUUCAUUGCUGACUAAAAACGUGGGUGUUUUGUGCUGCACGUCUAAUGCCCUACAUACCCAAAGUGUGAAAACACAAGAUAAGCCAAAGUCGCAAUCAAAAGUUGUUACCCGAAACCUAGAUAAGACACUCGACACAAGAUUGAAAGAUUAUGAAGCAAUCAUUGGUAUAGAAACCCAUGUCCAGCUGUCCACAAUUACCAAGGCCUUCUGUGGAUGUGCCUACAGCUAUGGCUCAGAACCGAACACUGAUAUUUGCCCUGUUUGCAUGGGCUUGCCUGGUGCGUUGCCAGUUCUGAACUCCAAGAUUGUUGAGUGUGCUGUAAAACUUGGCCUGGCACUCAAUUGCAAGGUGUCCUUAAGCUCAAAGUUUGACAGAAAGCAGUAUUUUUACCCUGAUUUGCCAAAGGGCUACCAGAUCUCUCAGUUUGAUAUUCCCAUAGCGAGUAGUGGGUUUGUUGAAUUGGAUCUUCCACUCGAGUUUGGUGGUGGGCAUAGGAAAUUUGGGAUAACUCGUGUCCAUAUGGAAGAGGAUGCAGGGAAACUAAUGCACACAGAGGGUGGGAGUCAUUCUCAGGUUGAUCUGAAUAGGGCUGGAGUACCUUUACUUGAGAUUGUCUCUGAACCUGAUAUGAGAAGUGGCAUAGAAGCUGCAGAAUAUGGAGCAGAAUUGCAGAGGAUGGUCAGGUACUUGGGUGUGAGCAAUGGUAAUAUGCAAGAAGGUUCACUGCGUUGUGAUGUUAAUAUAUCAAUUCGUCCGAGAGGGCAAGUUGAGUUUGGUACGAAGGUUGAAAUAAAAAAUCUGAACUCCUUUUCAGCAAUAAACAGGGCCAUAGAUUAUGAGAUCACAAGACAAGUGGAACUGCAUAGCCAAGGCCUUAGUGACCAAAUUGUACAAGAGACUCGUCUUUGGGAGGAUGGUGCUCAGAAAACAGUAACUAUGAGAAAGAAGGAAGGGCUUUCUGAUUAUAGGUAUUUCCCAGAGCCAGACCUGCCAGAAGUAAUUUUGACAAAGGAAUAUAUAAAGAGCAUGCGUGAUUCAUUGCCAGAACUUCCAGAGUUGAAGAGACGCCGAUAUGAACAAAUGGGAUUAAGCAUGCAGGAUGUGCUUUUUCUUGCCAAUGAUGUAAAUAUUGCAGAAUUUUUUGAUGAAACCCUAUCUAAAGGUGCUGAUACAAAGCUAGCUGCUAACUGGAUAAUGGGUGAUAUUGCAGCUUACAUGAAAAAUGAAAAGGUGUCCAUAAUUGAUAUAAAGCUUACACCUAUUGAGUUGGCAGAACUGAUUGAUUCUAUCAAAAACGGGACUAUCAGUGGCAAAAUUGGUAAAGAGAUAUUGUUCGAGCUAAUAGCUAAAGGAGGAACUGUCAAGGGGCUCAUCAAGGACAAGAAUUUAGUCCAGAUAACAGAUUCUGCUGAGAUAGAGAAGAUGAUUGAUAAAGUGCUUGCAGAAAAUCCGAAGCAAGUUGAACAAUACCGUGGUGGCAAAACAAAGCUGCAAGGUUUCUUUGCUGGCCAGGUGAUGAAAGAAUCAAAAGGCAAGGCAAACCCAGGUGUGUUAAACAAGAUACUCCUUGAUAAACUUAAUGCCAAGAGCUGAUGGAUGUAUAGACUGGUAUAAUGCCAGGCCUUUUCUUGCUGAAAGUGAUAGUAAUGAACCAUCACAUGAUCGAUGCAUUACUAUACCCUUUGUGGUGGGAAAGAAGCUCCAGACUCUGCAUAGUGGCUCUAGCUUCUGGUUGACACCACAGCUUUUAUGUUUUCUAGGAUAACCUCAUAGGAAGUUCUUGCAGUAUUCACAUAUCGUUGGCUAAUUGUUGCUUGUGAUUGUUGAAAGUUUAUUGUUUUUCUUUAGGUUCUGUUUGCAUUCUGUAAAAUUAGAUUAUAAAAUUAUAUUAUCAUCAUUCUUGUUGAA